UUGUAGGUUCCUGUUGUGUGUUGAGCCAGUGUGUGGUGGAAGAGAUUAAGAUAAAGAGAUGUUGAAAGGGUGAGACUGUCUCAAUGCACGAGAGGAACUAAAGCAAGCCAGUCAGAUCUUCUAAGAAAGGAUGGCUGUUAUUGAUGCCGUGCUGGAUCGUCUGCUAGAUGGACUCCUGGGUCUGGGUCGUCUCCUGUCUCCUCUCUGCUCCCUCUAUGUUCUCCUCCAGCUCUCUGCUCUGGUUGUCCUCCUCCUCCUGUCCCUCCGUGUCGUCUGUCUGCUGUGGAGCCAUGCUCAGUUCACCAGACGUCUCCGGUGCUUCAGUAAACCCCCCACACAAAACUGGCUGAUGGGACACCUGGGAGAGAUGCGGAGCACGGAGGAGGGCCUGCAGGCGGUGGAUCAGUUGGUAAGAACCUACAGCCACUCCUGCUCCUGGUUUCUGGGCCCCUUCUACUCCCUGGUACGACUCUUCCACCCUGACUACAUCAAGCCUCUGCUGCUGGCACCAGCUUCCAUCACAGUCAAAGAUGAGCUUUUCUAUGGGUUCCUGAGACCAUGGCUGGGACAGAGCCUUCUCCUGAGUAACGGAGAGGACUGGUCUCGUCGUAGACGUCUACUCACUCCUGCAUUCCACUUCGACAUCCUCAAGAACUAUGUGAAGAUCUUCAACCACUCCUCAGACAUCAUGCAUUCUAAGUGGCGCCGCCUGGUGGCCGAGGGAGAGAGCCGCCAGGACAUGUUCAAUCACAUCAGCCUGAUGACUCUGGACAGUCUGCUCAGAUGUACCUUCAGCUACAACAGCAACUGCCAGGAGAGUUCCAGUGAGUACAUAGCAGCCAUAUUUGAGCUGAGUACCCUGGUGAUCGAGCGGAGAGGACGUAUCCUGCACCACUGGGACUAUCUGUACUGGAGGUCCCCAGAGGGACAGCGCUUCAAACAGGCCUGUAGUGUAGUACACGGGUUCACCAGGACUGUUGUCCAGGAGCGCAGAGCACAGCUUCUCCACCGGGGGGAGCCAGAGAGCCACACUGACACCACAGGAGGGGAGGAGAAGAAGAAGAAAAGAGUAGCAGACUUCAUUGAUUUGUUACUGCUGUCAAAGGAUGAGGAUGGUCAUGGUCUCACAGAUGAGGAGAUAAAAGCAGAGGCAGACACUUUCAUGUUUGGAGGUCAUGACACCACGGCCAGCGGGAUCAGCUGGGUUCUGUAUAACCUGUCUCAGCAUCAGGACUACCAGGACCGCUGUAGAGCCGAGGUCAACGACCUGCUACAAGACCGAAAGACAGAGGACUUAGACUGGGAGGACCUGAGCAGCCUCCCCUUCACCACCAUGUGUAUUAAAGAGUCUCUGAGACUGCACUCCCCCGUGUCUGCUGUCACCAGACGAUACACGAAGGACAUGACGGUGCCAGGGGGACGGGUCAUACCACAGGGUAGCAUCUGUCUGGUGAGCAUCUAUGGGAACCAUCACAACCCUGAGAUCUGGCCUGACCCAGACGUCUACAAUCCCAUGCGCUUCGACCCUGAGAACUCAAAGGACCGUUCAUCCCAUGCCUUCAUACCUUUCUCUUCAGGACCUAGGAACUGUAUAGGUCAGAAGUUUGCCAUGGCGGAGCUGCGUGUGGUGGUGGCGCUGACCUUGAGGAGGUUCCGUUUGACCCCUGGGGGGGUGGAGGUGAGGAGGCUACCCCAGCUGGUGCUCAGGGCCGAGGGGGGGCUGUGGCUGACGCUGGAGACCCUAGACGCCCCCCAGGACUAACCCCUGAACUCCUCUCUCCUCUAUGGAUCAGAUCUGAUUUUAUGAUUUUACUGUAUAAACAUACGCUGAGUAUACGAAACGUUAAGAACACCUUAACACAGUAAAAUACAUAGGCCUAAAGCCUACAAAUAAACAAUAGAAUACAUAGUCCUAAAGCCGACAAAUAAACAAUAGAAUACAUAGGCCUAAAGCCGACAAAUAAACAAUAGAUUACAUAGGCCUAAAGCCGACAAA